AUGGCCGAGGAAAAGAGCGAAAAGCUGGUGUUAGAAGAAACAGCCUUUCAAGAAAUCGAAAGGGAUUUUCAGGAGGUUCUCAAUGAACUUUCAGGAGACAAAAGCCUGGAAAAAUUUAGGGUUGAAUAUGAGAAACUUCAUGCUGUCAUGAAGAAGUCUUAUGACAAUGAGAAACGUCUCAUGGCAAAGUGCAGAGAGCUUAAUGCGGAGAUUGUGGUUAAUUCCGCCAAGGUCGCCACUGCCCUGAAGGUCUCCCAGGAUGACCAGACGACCAUCGCGUCCCUGAAGAAGGAAAUUGAGAAGGCCUGGAAGAUGGUGGACACAGCCUAUGACAAAGAGCAGAAGGCAAAGGACACGAUUCUUGCCCUGAAAGAGGAAAUAGUGCACCUUACCAAGCUAGUCGAGCAGGGGUCUGGACUGUCCAUGGACCAGGAUAGCAACAUUCGAGAUUUACUGAAGUUCAAAGAAGAAGUGACAAAGGAGCGAGACCAGCUCUUGUCAGAAGUGGUGAAAUUACGAGAAUCCUUAGCUCAGACCACUGAACAGCAGCAAGAAACAGAGCGCUCCCGAGAAGAAGCAGAACAGGCCAUCAGUCAGUUCCAACAAGAGAUCCAGCUUCGCCAAAAUGAAGCUUCACGAGAGACUCGGAAGAAGGAAAAACUAGAGAAGGAGCUCAAGCAGAUUCAGACUGACAUGGACACCCGGCAGACAGAAAUCAGAGCUCUUCAGCAGUAUGUGCAGAAGAGCAAGGAGGAGCUUCAAAAGCUGGAGCAGCAGCUGAAGGAGCAGAAGAUACUGAAUGAGAGAGCUGCAAAGGAACUGGAGCAGUUUCAGAUGAGAAAUUCUAAACUUCAACAAGAGAAUGAGCAACACAGUCUGGUUUGUGAGCAGCUAUCCCAGGAAAACCAGCAGAAGGCGUUGGAGCUCAAAGCUAAAGAGGAUGAAGUCCACCAGAUGCGUCUUGACAUUGGGAAGCUCAACAAAGUCAGGGAACAAAUCCACAAGAAAUUGAGGCAGAUUGAAGAGCAAAAGGCUGAUGUGGAGCAGAACAAGGAAACCCUAAAAAACCAGAUAGUGGGAUUAGAGAGAGAGGUGGAGGCUUCAAAGAAACAAGCAGAACUUGAUAAGAAAGCAAUGGAUGAGCUUCUGAGAGAAAGAGACAUACUAAAUAAGAAUAUGCUUAAGGCGGUCAACGCGACCCAGAAGCAGAUAGACCUGGUAAAGCUCCAUGAACAAGCCAAAAGGAACCUGGAGGAAGAAAUUCAGAACUACAAAGAUGAAGCUCAGAAGCAAAGAAAGAUCAUCUUUCAGCUGGAAAAGGAGCGAGAUCGGUACAUCAAUGAAGCCAGUGAUCUUACCCAAAAGGUCCUCAUGAACAUGGAAGACAUAAAAAUCCGUGAAAUGCAGAUUUUUGACUACAGGAAAAAAAUUGCUGAAUCAGAGACUAAAUUAAAACAGCAACAGAACCUGUAUGAAGCUGUGAGGUCAGACAGGAAUCUCUAUAGCAAGAAUCUUGUUGAGGCUCAGGAUGAAAUAACAGAAAUGAAGAGAAAAUUAAAGAUUAUGACCCAUCAGGUGGAUCAGCUGAAAGAGGAAAUCUCUGCCAAAGAGUCAGCACUUGUGAAGCUACAUCUAGAACAGCAGCGGAUAGAAAAGGAGAAGGAAACCUUGAAGGCUGAGCUGCAGAAGCUGAGACAACAAGCUCUGGAGACCAAACAUUUCAUUGAAAAGCAGGAAGCUGAAGAGAGAAAACUGCUGCGAAUCAUUGCUGAGGCAGAUGGGGAGAGGCUGAGACAGAAGAAGGAACUGGAUCAGGUCAUCAGCGAGAGGGAUAUUCUCGGGUCUCAGCUCGUUCGGCGCAACGAUGAGCUAGCGUUGCUCUACGAGAAGAUCAAGAUCCAGCAGUCCGUGCUGAAUAAAGGCGAGAGCCAGUACAACCAGAGGGUGGAGGACAUGAGAGUCCUCAAGCUGGAGAUCAAGAAGCUUCGCCGAGAGAAGGGGAUUCUUGCCAGGAGUGUGGCUAAUGUUGAUGAACUCAGGCAGGAGAUCUUCCACAUGCAGAGAGAAUUCCUGAAGGAGAGGACCCGGUGCCGAGCACUGGAGGAGGAGCUGGAGAACCCCAUGAACGUGCACAGAUGGAGGAAGCUCGAGGCCAGUGACCCCAGUACCUUUGAGCUGAUACAGAAAAUUCACACCCUGCAGAAACGACUCAUCAGCAAGACAGAAGAGGUGGUUGAGAAAGAGCUGCUUCUUCAGGAAAAGGAGAAACUGUACGUCGAGCUAAAGCACAUCCUGGCCCGGCAGCCUGGCCCCGAGGCUGCAGAACAGCUACAGAUCUACCGCCACACGCUGCGGGAAAAGACCAAACAGCUAAAAGUAUUGUCUUCAGAACUGAAUAUGUAUGAAUCACAGAGCCAAGAAUAUAAGUAUGAAAUCGAGAAACUUACCAAUGAACUGAUGAAUUUAAAGAAGAAAUACCUUGCUCAGAAACGCAAGGAGCACAAUCAGAGAAAUAAGGACAGAAUACCCAUGGACAAUUCCUUCUCAGUGUCCAGACCAACUGGCCCUCGUUUUACUGGAGGUGGAUUUCCCCUCAACCGGUCAUCCAAGGUCAAGUCCUAA